AUGAAGCUCUCUACUAUCGCCUCUGUCGGCUCCCUCGUCGUUGGAACCCACAGCCUGCCGGCUGCCCCGGCCAGUGACAAUGGUCCCUUUCAAGUCAUGGCCCUCCGCUCCGCCUCUCCCAUCCACUUUCUCGGCAUGACUGCUUCCAGAAAUAGCUUUUGGCUGGGUGGUGAGACCGCAACCUACUGCCCUGACGUCGUCAAGCAGCAGGGGGCCUGCCCCGAAGGCACUCAAACUGUUCUUUAUACCAACGCCUUGGAUGUUAUGGUCCCCGGUGGCCAGCAAAUCUACGUUGACCCAUCUGGUGCCGUCAAGUUCACCACCGCUCACUCCGCCAGCAUGCCCCCUGGCUCCACCGUCGAGGGUUUCUCCUACACUUCCGGUGACCCAUUAGGCCACUGGAACUUCAGCGGCCAGGGCGCCACCGGCUUCAUGGCUUGCCCUACUGAGGGCGAUGCUCCUGCUCCCUACCAGGUCUUUGCUGCCAUCAGCUCUGCGACCGUUCCCACUGGCAAUGUCGCCGACUGCCUCGGAUUCGAUGCGGCCGCUAUUGCCUGGACUCCAUCUCAGGGGCAGACUGCAGCCGCUUGGCAGUACACGUAG